AUGAAGUUAAAGAGCCUAUUAAGUGGGAAAAUGGUGGGUCACUUUUCAAAUCCAAGAUCCGAUUCAUUUGAAGAGAAAAAUGGAGUCAAGUUGUCGAGUUAUAAGGGUGACAAUGUGAACGGAGACACAUUUGAUGCAAUAUCUAGAACUCCAGAUCCACACAGAAUGGUAAGGGUCAACUGUCAGUCUGGCUACUCUCAAUCUCUUAUGGACGUUUGCUACUGGAGGUUAUGCUGCCAUGCAAAGGGUCAAGUAUGCCAAGGAGUACUACGGUUAGUUCGGCGCAUAAAUUUCCUGUUCCAGUUAAUCCAAUGCUUCCACAACCUCUUCCUGGAUUACAUGAAAGGAAACAUUGUAGUAGUAACUCUUCAGAUGAUGAAAGUCCUUCACCUUAGCUUAUAA